AUGGGUUUGGCUAAAAUGCUACCCCAGCUAGACACUGUGACCAAGGAUAAAGGCUUCAGGGAAGCAGGCACCAUCCUCAUCAUCUCUGACCUGAGGCUCCGGCACAAGACGGUGUCUACCAGUCUGACCCGGCCCUCCAGAAGUGCAGUAAAACUUUUGGCAGAAACCACCUGUGGCUGCCGGCAGGCCCGCCCUGUCCCGGCCCUGAGGCGCCGCCAAGCCCGGGCCCGCACGCACCCGCAGAAGUUCCCCUCCAGCCCCGCGCGCCACUUCGCUCCGGGCCGCGGUGCCAGCCAGGAGGCGCGGCGCCCGCUCGCUGGCUCGCUCUCCGCUGGCUCUCCCCUCCUCCCUCUCUCCUCCUCCCGCCUCCUCCCGUUGCAUGGCUGCCGCACGGAGCCCCUGAAUAGCCACCGCAGCCCCCCGCCUCCUGCCUGCCGCGCUGGGGGCGCCCCUGCCCCCGCCGGCGCCCCGGGGCGCGCGGACCGCCAGCCUCCUAGCAACAGCCCCGAGACCGCUUUCCGGCGUCGGCAAUGCGGAGCCACCCUCCCGGAGCCCCGCGACCCUCUGACCCGCCUCGGCAGCCGAGGUGCGGGGGAGACCGUGACCCUCGCAGCCGGUGCCCAAGCGCGCCGCGCGAAGACGCUCACCUCUGCGCGCCGCCAGCCCCGCGCGCCUCCCGCACUUGGCGCCGGGCCGCGGUCCUCGCGUCCUCCUCCGCCGCCGCCGCCACCGCCGCCGCCGCGGUCCGACCGUGCCUGUGCGCCCGAGCUGCGCGGGCCGCGCGCUGUCAGAGUCUCGUGGCGGGGCUGCGCCGGCGGGUGUGGAGCCGAGCGGCGGCGGCGGCGGGCGCGCGGGCAGCUCCUCCCUCCCCGCGCCGCGCCUCCGCCCUCCUCGCGCCCCGCCUCCCGCGCCGCGGCUGUCAGCCCCGCGCCCCGCGCCCGGCGCCCGCGCGGCCCGCGCCACCGGCUCGGGGGGCGCACGGGGUUAAAGGGCCCGGAUGUCUACGGAUUUAAAGGGACAGCCCCGGCCGAGGCGAGGGGCCAGGCGGCCGCCGUUUCUCCGGUCUCCAGACGCCCUCUGCGGCCCGGCCGGACCCGCCGGCACCCGGAGCACAAGCUCCCGACCGCCGGACAACGGAAUCCUUGCCCGCCCUGGCGCGAGUCCCCUCGGAUGACAGCGGGUUCUCCCAGGGGCUCCGCCACCAGACGCGGGAAGUUUGCCGUCUUCAGAUGCCCGCUGGGGCUGAGCAUUCCUGAGCUGCGCGGGGCGUCCAGGACAGGCAAGAAAGCGAAUGCCUUCCUCCGCGUCCCUGUUCUGGCCAUUGACUAA